AUGGCCGCGAUCAAGCCCUCUGAGCGUCUGCUCAACUAUCCUCCCAUGGAGAGACAGGACUUGAAUCAAUCCCAGCUGGGCAGUUUCAAAUUCACGCCGGUUGACAAUAUUCAAUCCAUUGAUUCUAUUGCCACAAACUACCUGAAGCAACAACUUGCUGAGAGCCUGCGUCGAGCUGAAGCAUCCAGACAUGUCACCGCUAACUCAGUCACCGGAGAUUUUGCAAAUUCGAUCAUGACUGCAGCUCCACAAGUUGGUUCGACAGAUACAGAUUUCUUCAACAAGCACAUCAAGCCUGACCUGGCUGAGUCGCGUCUGCGGUUAGGCCCUGCGGCUCUUCGUUCUGCUGUUGAAGGCGCUGCCAAAAGUCCAACCAAGCAAGGUCAAUCCGUGAUAGACGGGCAAGAGGUCACCCCUGCGCAGACACUCCAAUAUGCAAACCAGUUUUGGCACUUUCAGGAUCCCUCUCACUCAGCAGUUGAGAUCCCAAACAUGGACCCAACGGCUGCGGCCUUCGUACCAACUACAACUCUCAACGAAUCCUUGGGCCUCGCUUUGGUCAAUGAGCAGCAGGCACACAAUGUGACAAGAUCAGCCUUGAGAAAGGAAGUCGAGCGAUCCAUACAAUUGGAAGACCAAAUCAAAAAGCACCAGCAGCAAAUAUCGCGUCUCACCGUCACUGUGAACAACUUGGGCGCCAUAAUCAAGCAUAACUUGAACAAGGACAAUGAUGAAGCUCCUUCCAGAGACAAGGCGGCUUGUUCUGCCAAGGACAUGGAAGAAGCUGCUUUGCAUGACUUCUACCGCAGCAACCCCCAUCUUGCAAAAGGCGUGGAAUCGACUGGCCUGCCCGCGGAAUCUAGACUCCGGGAGAAUGUCGAAGAUCUGGCAUGUCCCGCGAACAAACCCGCCACUGCCUCGGCGAACAGUAUGAAAGUCGACGAAACUCAGCUUUACAAUUUUGAAUUGUUGACCAGUUCUCACGACGACGGCUCCCCAAUCUCUGCGUUGCGUCAAACUCUGCGAAAGCAAUUCUCUAUCGCUGAAGACCUUAGAGGUAGCCAGACAACGCCGACCACACCGGCAAAGUCAAUUGCAGACGGCAACAAGCUCAUCAACAUCACUCCUGAGACCGAGUCUGGUGAAAGUUUGGAAGAGGUCAAGGAGGACAAAGAUGUGCAAACCGGUUCGUGCCAUGGGUGCAAUCACACUGGUGAUACCGGCAAUCUCUCUGUUGUUGCUGCACCUUCAAAGCCUCUUCUUCCGACCGCCGAAACCCCUAUUCUACAAUUGCCAACCUCCUUCGUCAAUAAAUACGGGCGUAGAUUUCCAGCAAAAGAGCAGGAGGUUCUGAAAGAUCAGUCGAACAGUUCCGGCAAGAAGAUGGCUUUCCAGAAGAUUGACGACCUUCAUUUCUCAAACGAGGCAGAAUCAGAUUCAGACAUCGGUGCAGGUGCGGGCGCGGCUGCGGUCAACGGCAAUCACAACAACGACAACUUGCGCCAAAUACUAUCAUGUGAAGGCAACAGCAAUCAACCCCAUACCCCAUCCCACACCAAGGUGGCAACUUUCGAUUGUGCUCAAAACAGCCGCAACUACCAAAGUGUCCCUGUGCAACUUCCUGGCAACUUUGACGGACACCCAAAAUGGCUGCUAAAUAAAGAGAAUCCAAUCUUCGACAGUGAGGAGGAAAUAUGGGAAGCUGUCAAAGAGUCGGGCCUGCCUUGGUAUAGAAACAGUCCUUUCCCCGCCCACCCUGUCCGCUAUCUGCCCGAGGAUGCGGUGAGUGACCGCAACGCAUACCGUACGGUCAUGAUUGACAAUAUCCCUGUUGGCACGACCAUGAAAGAUGUCCUCGCCAAGAUCCACAGUGGCGCCUUGGAAUCCAUUCAGCUCCUCCCGCCCAUUGGUCGGGUCACUUCCACCAUGACUGCUCGAGUGGUAUUUUGUUACGAGGCGGCGGCUGAUGAAAUGAAAGAAGACCAUCAGAAAGAGCCACUUAGCAUCAAAGGAGUUCAAGUUCGAGUGUGGAAACCAAUUGAUCCCACAUACCCACUCAGCGGUGACAUUGAUGAUGCUAUCUGGGGCGAAGAGGAGGCCAGCCGGAUCCUGUUGAUCGGCAAUGUCAAUGAUUAUCUGUUUGGCCUGCUUCCUGGAAAGCUGACUCGCUUUGAUCUCCAUCGUCAAGUGGUGGAGUACAGUUGGACUUGGGAUGGUUACGUGUCGAUUGAAUUCGCGGAUAUCAAAAGUGCCUUCAAAGCUGCGAGCGAAUUGAAGAAAGAUGCCGAUCUCUACGGCGCAGACCUCCGCUACGACCGCGAUUACACUUCAACCAAGGAAGCGACUAUUGAGCCGAGCGAGGAAUAG